ACUUCAUCUGAAUAGUCCAAUGUUGUUUGGAAGAUCAAUUCAAUCAGCUAGCCAUCUCUGUCACAUUAACCUAUAUAUAUCUUCAUCUUCGGAUCUUUUGGAUGUAAGAAUCAAAGUGAAAACUAAGCACACAUAUUUUGCUAGAGUUGCAAAAAAAAAAAAAAAAACUAAUAAAAAAUUGAGAGAUCCAUAUUGAAAUUAUUAGUACGUAGUGAUUUCAAAAAUGAUGAUGAGAUUGGUUGCAUUACUUCUUCUCGCCAUUACGAUUUCCGCUGCCCAAUUGGGUCAUGGCCUAAUUGAUGACCAAAGCCCCGAAGGCGUUCAAAAAUGGUUUGAAGAAUUUCCGGAUGCAAAACCCAAGUUAACAAAGCUUCAUUUCUAUCUUAACGACAUUGCCAGCAAGAAGCCUCCGAUGAGCGCUCCGGUUGCGCAGGCCGAAUCUACGGCCACAUCGCCGACCAAUUUCGGCUUAGUUACCGUGAUGGACGGCGCACUAACCGACAAGCCGAGUGGAAAGGUCAUCGGUCGGGCUCAAGGGCUUUUUACUUUUUCCUCGCAGGAAGAAUUAAGUGCCCUUGUGACCCUUAACUUUGUGUUCACCGACGGCGAGUUCAGUGGAAGCACCCUCAGCGUUUUGGGGCGCAACCCCAUAAUGCAAGCCUACCGGGAACUUCCAGUGAUUGGUGGUUCCGGCGCGUUCCGGCUAGCACGAGGGAUGGCCACCGCUAAGACUUACUAUCAGAAUGUCACCGCUGGAGAUGAUAUUGUUGAAGUUCAAAUGGUUUUGUACCGUAACGUUCUUCCUGGUCAAGAGGAUUAAUACUGAUGAUGCCACUGCUUAAUUAUAUAAAGUUGAAUUAAACCUUCUCAUGCAUAAAUUCAUUUGUCUUGUUACUCAAUGAAGAAGUAUUUUUUUUUUUUUUUUAACCUUAGUUCAUUAGUACUUGAAAUAAACAUCUUGUACUCAAUAAAAUUGGUUGCGGCAAUUGGGAGGUCAUGCUCUAUUACCACAACUUUCUAAUGAAGUGAUUUGUUAUUUCCUACUUGCAUGUUGUAUUAAAUCAUCC